UUCUGUCACUCUUUGUUCAGCACGUAUACCAGGAGAAGAUGGCCUCUGCUAUUCUAACCAGUGUUGCAGCCAGCGACGAAUUUAGAAAACAUGAAAUCAAUGACGUAACAGACUGGAAUGAUUUUAUUGCUGCGGCCUCCAAGAGCGUGGCUUUCAUGGGCAAAGUGUUGAUUGCCGGAGCUCGAGUCCUAUCUGAUUUUGAAAUCGACCAGAUCGACAAAAAGAAAAUCCCUUUAAUUAAAAAUUCCAGGAGUUUCCAUUAUACUUUACUUCAAAUCAACGAGUAUUCCUACGAAGCCUUCGUGAAAGCUCACGAGAACAUGUUUGGGAUCCAGUUGACUGCGGGGAAAAUGCCUCGCUGCGUAGCAGAUUGCAUAGAGUACCUGAAAAGUGGAGAUAAGAAAGGCAUGAAGUAUUUAUUACAAAGUUCCUUAGAUGAAAUCAAACAAACGGCUGACGACGGAGCAACAAUUUCAAAAGAAGUUUGCGAUGCGUUUGAUUUGUUGGGUCAGCUGAUUGGACAAGUAAUCGAAGCCUUAAUGACAAGCCUCCGGGACGUCAACAAAAAAGAAAUUACAGACGAGAUUGGAGACGAAACCACAAGGAAACAGCAGAAAAACAUCUACCAGUUACAGCAGAAGAAACUUGAAGCAGCGGAAGAAAAUGUAAAAGAAAAAAGAAAAGAUUUGGACGACAUCGGCAAAUCAAAGUUGGGUAUUUGGCUUUCGUUUUUUCGCCACGAGUCUAAAGAAGAAUCACUUGAACAUGCCCGGCAAAUGUUGGAAGACGCCGAAAAUAAAUUGAAGAAAAUCAGGGAAAAAGUUCAGAACCAAAUCGAAAUGUACAAUGAAAAUAUUGAAAGUUGGAAACAUGUCCGAGUUGAUGUAGACAAAGCCUUAGACCAUAACGAAAUGCUUCAAAUUCUCAAUGAUGGUUUGAAUUACCUCGGCCAGUACCAAGACAAAUGGUUGGACAUCCAUCGUUAUUUUAACAAGAUGAGCAAUGACUUGACUAAAGCAUUACUAACUGACUUUUCAGCCGAAAAAGUAGAGGGGCAUAAGGCAAUUGAAGAAUUGGAAAACUUCCUUCAAAUGACGUCAGAUGUCUGCGCCAAGAUGUAUCACUCCACCAUAAUGCACGCCAAAGCUUUCGACAAGUACAUCUUGAAGGGCAUAUUUGAAAUACAACCAAUGCUUUAUAUUCCCAGCGGUGAGAUUGAGGAAGCUCAAAUGAGGUGGCAAUUGUCUUGGGAGAAAGCGUCUAAUGGCAUUAAGGACAUGUACGAAAAGGACGCAAUACGAGAAAUAGAUAAACAAAAUUCUAGCACUGGGAAAUGCCAAUAAUUAGUUGGUUUGCAGUCCCAUAUCGACCUAGCCCUCCGGAAUUGGCCAACCAGUCAACUCGGAGACUCUCAACACAAACUUUGUCCAGCGCAGACUCUCAAAUUUCGUUUUCCAUUUCUUAUGAUAAACAAAGAAAAUAAAAGUCAGUUUUGCUCUAA